AUGCCUGUUAAUGUGAGAGAAGAACAAAUAAUCAGCGUGAAUUCUCUUUUGAAACUAGUAUUUGACAAACCCGUCAAGAUCAACCACAGAAUGAAUAUAGAGUCUGCCUUACUUACUAUACUUCAGAUCUCAACACCAGAUUGUUGCUCAAAAGUUGCGCUACUGAAGCAAAGAAAAAUGGUGGAUUUGAAUGGAAAAACGAAAUGGUUACUGGAAUUUCAGGUCUCUAUAGCUGGUGUGAUUCAGGAUGCCUCAGAGCUAAAUUCACUCACGGAUAUUCAGUGGGGUCUUCUGCAGACUAUGAUCAGCUAUCAAAUACAAGGCCAAUACACAUAUACCAUUGACAGGCUGGACAGAAGUCAUCUUCUUGAUCCCAGACAUCGCAUGUUAUUUAUCUUUGCUGCUCCUCUCCUAGAAAGUCAAUUAGCAGACCUACAGAACGUUAUUGAAAGUGGCCUAUACGUAAAUAAUGUUUCAGUGAUUGUGAAUACCAUACCUCAAGAGGAAUUUGUCAACAAAUGGGGGUAAUUAUACGUUUUGUUGUCUCCACCAUUGAACAUGCAGGUUAAUAACUGAAAAGUG